GGCAAUCUUCCUCAAUUCCAAAUUCGCGGGGCCAAAGGAAAGAAAUGUAUCCGUUUCUUUAAUUGGGUAACUUUGCAUGUCGCCCUCGACAUAUCGCGACAAUGUUCCCUCCAGAAUGCGGAAAAUUGUGUAUAUGAUAACGUCAACCAUCCCUUUCACGGGACGAAGAAUAAAACAGAAAAUUCCUUGCCAUCAAGCCUCGAAGAUCUUUCCUGCUUCUCGCAGAAAACAGCCAAGCCAGGCCUUUACUACAACCAACGGCAACCGCAUGCAUGUGCGCCUUGCGAUACUGCCUCAACAAGAGACCUACCCUUCAGCAUUUCAAAAUGCCUCAGCUCCUAUACACAUCAACCACCGCCACCACCCUACACACAUAAAAACGCGCAUAUGCAUACAUACCUGUGUAUGCAAUGCAGUGCGUGUGCGUGUGUGCACAGACAAACAAAUAAACGCGCAAAGGAAGAACAUGCAAAAUGUUUCAAUUCGAAACAAACGAGAGCCGAAUGGAAUUGUUCGUAUUACCGGACUUCGGGGGAUGGGCAGACGUACAUAACGUACCUACAUACACACAUACAUAUGUAUAUG